AGGACUUCAGGGGGCCUCUACUCCGCUGCUGCUGCUGCUGUGGCUGCGGAAGCUCAGUGGUGUCUGUGAAACAAGCUCAGGGCUGGUGACAAAGGGAGACUGGAGGCUGGCUGCUCCCUUCUGUGCUCUCCCAGUGCCCCUUUGGGAUUGAAUUCCAAGUUUAACCUCAACACCUUGGCUAUAUCCUCCAUCACAUUUGUGCAGGGACCAAGUGUUUAGAAUUAAUACGAGGAAUGGAGAUGAGAUCAGCAAGCUAAGGGACUUUGUGAAUUCAGACAACUUUAAGCUUGACUUCUGGAAAUCUCCCUCCACUUUUGGGCGUCCUGUGGAUGUCCUGGUCCCAUCUGUCAGUCUGCUGCCAGUCAAGUCCUUUCUGAUGUCCCAGGGUUUAGAGUUCUCAGUGACAAUUGAAGACCUACAGGCUCUUCUAGAUAAUGAAGAUGAAGAAAUGCAACACAAUGAAGGGCAAGAACGGAGCACUAAUAAUUUCAACUAUGGGGCCUACCAUUCCCUGGAAUCUAUUUACCGCGAGAUGGACAGAAUAGCUGGAGAUUUCUCUAGCUUGGUGAGCAGGGUGAAAAUUGGGCAUUCUUUCGAGAACCGGCCGAUGUAUGUCCUGAAGUUCAGCACCGGAGGAGGUGAGCAGCGGCCGGCUAUUUGGUUGAAUGCAGGCAUCCAUUCCCGUGAGUGGAUCUCCCAGGCCACGGCCAUCUGGACGGCGAGGAAGAUCGCAUCUGACUAUGGGAAGGAUCCAGCCAUCACCUCUGUCUUGGAGAAGGUGGACAUUUUCUUGAUGCCUGUGGCAAAUCCUGAUGGCUAUGUAUACACGCAGACAAGAAACCGAUUAUGGAGGAAGACACGGUCCAAAAACCAUGGAAGCUCCUGUGUUGGUGUUGAUCCAAAUAGAAACUGGAAUGCUAGUUUUGCAGGAAAGGGAGCUAGUGACAACCCUUGCUCUGAAGUGUACCAUGGACCCUAUGCCAAUUCAGAAGUGGAGGUGAAAUCUGUGGUGGAUUUCAUCCUGAAACAUGGCAACUUCAAGGGCUUUGUCGACCUGCACAGCUAUUCGCAGCUGCUGAUGUAUCCCUAUGGCUACACUCUCAAGAAGGCCCCCGAUGCUGAAGAACUGGACAAGGUGGCAAAUGAUGCGGCCAAAGCUUUGGCUUCACUGUCGGGCACUGAGUACCAAGUGGGUCCUACCUGCACGACUGUCUAUCCAGCAAGCGGGAGCAGCAUCGACUGGGCCUAUGAUAAUGGUAUCAAGUAUGCUUUCACUUUUGAGUUGAGAGACACAGGCCACUAUGGUUUCCUCUUGCCGGCCAACCAGAUCAUCCCCACCGCGGAGGAGACUUGGCUGGGGCUGCAAGUCAUCAUGGCACAUGUGCGGGAUCACCUCUACUAGCGGCCCCCCCCCCCCCUUUGUGCCCACAUGGACUUUUCUCUCUUGCCUCCCUUGUAUGCACACACACUGUGGCUGCUGUUAAAGGGAGCUCUGAGCCCUCUGUCCUGGUAGUGAGCUUGGGUGGACCUUUUUCCACGCUCUUUCCUGAAGUUUGUUCUUCUCCUGGUACAUCUGCCAGAAGCACUUAUACCACCCUGCUGGAUUUGGGUCCUGCUGUCUUGCUGAGCCUGUUGGUUGUCUUUCCUUUCCGCAGCUGGUGGAGCCAGGCCAGGACUAUGCUCCCCACUUUAUAGGGUGGGAAUGUCUCUAUCUCAUUUACAAAACCAAAGAAUAUUUGCAAUGGUUUCCUAGUCUCAACUAACUCAACUAGGGCACUGAGCAGGGCUGGUGGCAUGAGGACUACAGGAGACACUUGUCAGAGGCAACAUUUAUUGUUUAGCUCAGCCUCAAAGGUAGACACUGAACUUCCUUUAAUUUAUCACAUUCCUUCUGGAAUAUAUUUUCCUUAGAAAAAUAAAUCCUAUAGGUCACCCCAUAGGUCACCCCUCCUCCCCCUUUUUGGGAGCAAUAGUGUUUGCUUGUUUUUGAUCUGAAUACAAAGCACUAGUUCAUUUCCCAUGGCUGGGCCAAGAAAUUCCAGAUGCUACACUCUUUGCCACUUUCUCUUCUUCAUUAGAGCCGCUGGGUUGCUGGAAGGGGAUCUGUGCCACUCUGUGUCCAUAGCUCACCCAGAAGCCCCGGAUGGAGUUGUGAUGGUGAGAGCAGGAUCCUUAAAUUAGCCCCAUCUGUCCCCAUGGGCUCACCUCCACUCUGCCUUUUGAAUUGACUUCAAAGAUCUUGCCCUCACCCUUCACGUCCUAAAUCAUUCUGUGGCCUGGGUAAUCUCUCUGGCCUUGCACAUUCCUGUCUGUGCUCAGCUGUUCCCUGUAUUUCCUUCUCCUCUUUCUUCUUGGUCUUUAAAGUUGGUGACUUUUGGGGGGGGGGGAUGUGGUAGGGGUGUCUUUUAUUUUGUAUCCUGGCCCAUUCGUACCAAGAUAGAGCAAGGAUUCAUCAGGCAGGCUUCUCUUGUUCCAUUUCUCCUUGGCAUGAGCCAUCUGCCUUUCUUUCUUCCUUUCUGUCUUUUUUUUUUCCAAACGUGUCUGUAAAUCUUCUGCCUAGGAUUUGUGCAGCAUCUGGUGUGUGCUCAUAAGCCAAUAAAUAUUCACUCUGAGUCUCCUGAACAUCUAUUCUUUCCCUUCACCUGAAUGGAACCAAGUCCUGUGCUUUUGAAUAUGCAGCCCUUUCUAAUGUCAGAAGUCAAUUUCAAUUCCUCUGUGUAUUGUGUGACAGGUAGGAAGACCUUCUCCAUCAGGCUCGGAGGCCUCUGGGGCUGUGUUUCCUUGGUGAUUUUCUUCUGGUCCCUGGGCUGGUCCUUAGUUUUUUUAGCUCAGAAUCUUGAUAGUCUCAGUGUCCAUGUUGAUUAGACUCAGGGAUGCUGACUCACGCCUACACAGCUCAGAUGAGACAGAUGAUAAAAUCAGAAUACGAAUUUAUUAAUUUACAUCAUGGUAUGUAACUGUUUAGUGGAUUGGAUUCUCACGUCGGCCUGAACAGUACAUUCUCUCCCUGUAGGCAAGAUACAUGGGAAGCCAAAUUAUAAUCAGAAGGUUGUUUAGUGAGCGGGGCGUCAGAGCAAGGAAAGUUAAUUACAGUCUAUGAUUAGAAUUUUUAAUGGUAUCCAGCUCUAAUAGCAUGAUAUAUCCAAUUCUAUAACCAGAACACACCUGCCAGCCACCAGCUGGUUGUUUGUCCUCACUAGUCCUAGCUAGUCAGGGCUGCCUCUGACGAGACAACGUAGGACAACAAUGGUUGCUUCUGGCUCCAUAUGCGGAACCUGCCCUCCUCCUCAAAAAAAAAAAAAAUUAGGAUUGUUGUUUAGAGUUCUUUUUGCAAAGAAUUCUUAUACACGACAUGCAAAGCCAUAAGAAAAAUACUUGUGACUAUGACCAAAUUAGGCCUUGAUACCUGACACUAUAUAAAAUGGGGUGGGGUGGUAGGUAGGAAAAUUGGGAGAAAGAGUUAGUUGUGUGGUGAUAGCUGGAAACUAGACUUUGAGUGGUGACCACAAUGUAGAAUAUGCAAGUGUCUAGUAAUAAGGCAGUGUUCUUGAUGACUUCUGUGUUACAAACCAACAUCACUUCAAUAAAUAGAAAAAUUAGA